CGUUGAGAGCGGAUGUGGAGGCGGGGUUAGUUUUCAAUCUAAUUUUAAAACUGUUUGGCUGUGUACUUGUUCUACAACAUACCCUUUACAGUAGACUACCAUGCUACCAAAGUGCAAUUCCUUUGGCGUUGUUAUAUGGCUCCUCGUCGGCAGUAUUACUUUUUACAAGAGUACCCUUGUUUUGGCCAAAAACGAACUAAAGAAAAAUGCAACUGGAGCCCGAACCCCAAUUGCGAAGAAUGUGCUUCCCUCAACAGGAAGUACAACUAUCGAUAAAAGUAACCAGUUUAUCAGAAAAACCACUAACGGCAAUAACCAAACAGCUCUGCAGCAGAAUGGGAAUCGGGUUGUCAACAGUAACCAGUCUAAUAAACCUACAGCUGGUGCAGCCGGCGACGGGGGUCAGCCUUCCGGAACUGCGGCCAGUGACGGGGGUCAGCCUUCCGGAAAUGCGGCCAGUGACGGGGGUCAGCCUUCCGGAACUGCGGCCGGUGACGGGGGUCAGCCUUCCGGAACUGCGGCCAGUGACGGGGGUCAGCCUUCCGGAACUGCGGCCGGUGACGGGGGUCAGCCUUCCGGAACUGCGGCCGGUGACGGGGGUCAGCCUUCCGGAACUGCGGCCGGUGACGUGGGUCAGCCUUCCGGAACUGCGGCCAGUGACGUGGGUCAGCCUUCCGGAACUGCGGCCAGUGACGGGGGUCAGCCUUCUGGAACUGCGGCCAAUAACAAGGGUCAGCCUUCAGGAACUGCGGCCGGUGACGGGGGUCAGCCUUCUGGAACUGCGGCCAAUAACAAGGGUCAGCCUUCCGGAACUGCGGCCAAUAACAAGGGUCAGCCUUCCGGAACUGCGGCCAGUGACGGGGGUCAGCCUUCCGGAACUGCGGCCAGUGACGGGGGUCAGCCUUCCGGAACUGCGGCCAGUGACGGGGGUCAGCCUUCCGGAACUGCGGCCGGUGACGGGGGUCAGCCUUCCGGAACUGCGGCCAGUGACGGGGGUCAGCCUUCCGGAUCUGCAGCCAAUAACAAGAGUCAGCCUUCCGGAACUGCAGCCAGUGGCAAGAGUCAGCCUUCUGGAACUGCAGCCAAUAACAAUAUUGUCCACAAUGCCAUACAGCAAAGUGGAUCCAAGGUUGUCAGCAUAUCUGAUGUGCUCCCGCAGACUUCCCAAUCUACCACUAUAAACAAAGCUUAUAAAAAGCCAGUUGCCACUGAUGAAGUAGUUGCCCAAACUACUGCCCUUGAUAUUCAUACUACAACUGAAGUGUCCUUCAAAUCAGAUAUCAACAUCGCUGCAAAACCUGCUGUUGAAGAUGGUCAUUUUAUGAUGUAUCUGAUACUGGGAUUAUUGCUUCUAUCAGUGGUAUAUAUUACAUACCACAACAAAAGUAAGAUUAUCUCCUUGUGUCAGAAAGGUGGUCCCAAAAGAACUAGGCGGCCAAAGACUUCUGAAUAUCAACGGCUUGAUCAGAACUUGAGUGAAGUCAUCACGAGUCUCAAAAAGAAAUCCAACUUCAAGAUGAGCUGAAAUUUUCUGAUAUAAGCCCUCUGAAAUCUAGCAGAAAAUUCUUCUUUCAAAGGAAGUUUUCCUAGUUGUGUUAUUAUAUGUAGGUCCUUUGAUUUACUGUGUUUUUCUCUUUUGUAUAUGCGCCUCAGUUCAUCCUUCUUGCCGAGAAGGUUUGUCUAGUAUCAGGGGAUUCAUGCUCCUUGUUUACAUGAAGUAAUGUUUUAAAAAAAAAGGAAGUGUGGAAAUAAAAAGCCAAACAAUGAAUUGGAUGUUUGAAAUUUUAUUUUUUAAAAUAUAAAUGUAUGUUUGCACUGAUUGCUUUACACCAGUAUGCAGUAAGUCAUGGUAUAGUUUUGUUUUGCUAGUUGGAUGACUCGCCUUAAUAAUGGUACUUGAGAUUUGUUAAUCAGCAUGAAUCUUGUUUAGUAACUUGUGCCAGCUAACAUUUAGGUAAGGGAGUCUCCAACCUUUCUUAUGCCAUUAACUGAGGGGUCUGUGCACCCCAGAUUGGGAAGCUCUGAUCUAGAUCUUGAAUCUAUGGUACUUCAGUUUGUGAAGGAAAUGACAAUAGUUGGGGGAGUGAAUAUUUGGUAAUAUCAAGUUACUUAACCAGAUGCCUGGCUGAUUAACUUGCAUGCCUCUUAACUGAAUCUACUUUUAAGAAGUGGAAUCACACCAUUUCUACUGCUUGAUGAUACUUGAAGAGAGAACUUUUAAGCAGCUUUUGCAUUAAUUUUAUGGACUAAAGUGAGCUGAUCAAGAUUUGCUCAAAGAUGCACCUUGAUUUAAAUGGUGCCCGAUGGUCCCUGCAAAUUGUCUAUCAUUUUAAAAAAACAAUUUUGUUUGAUCUCAGAACUCUUCCUGAGCAGAAUUAGUUUGGUUUGGGAUUUCUUUCUUCCCACCUUUCUCUCUCCCCGCCCCGCCACCUCCACCACUCUUAUUUUAUAAUGUGGCAUUUUGUUUGAGUUAAGACAACCAAUGGUGUAGUGGCAUCCACACUAGACUGAGGAGAGUGGUCACAGGUUCAAAUCCGGCUGGCUCCUUGAACACUUUCCAUCUGUGCUGGGUUGAGUGUCGAGCUAGCUACUCAGCCUCAUUUUGAAAAUAAAAACAGACAAAUGCUAAAGAAACAGCAAGGUUGCCACUCCAAUGCACCAUGAGGUGCAGAGGGGAACAACAAACAAGUCUUGAGUUGAGACUAUUUGAUGAUUAUAAUUAAACUAGAUGGCUGAAAUAGCGAUAUUGUUCAUAUUAGGUGAUGGAAUUGUCUUUGCGUGAAUGGACCUGAAAGUAUUGUGGAAUUUGUACUGAAUUUUCAUGCCUUGAAAUUAGUGUUUUUUUUUGAGGCAAUUAGCUUUAUUUUCAAACUAAGGAUGAAUAUAAUAGGCAUAAUUAAAUUACUUUGGAAUCUCAUGUAAUCAGUUCUAUUUUUUUUUAAUUAAGCUGUUACAAUGUGUCAAAAUGUAAAUUGAAUAUUGUCCUACUUUGCUAUGAAAGUUUCAUGGACCACUGUGCAGCCCCAUUGCAUCUGAAUGUAUGACAUCUCAAUAAAUUUUCAA